CGGUCAUGGGGGGAUCCACCGGACCGGGAAGGGAAACCCAACAAGACGUCUCCACUCGUCCACAGCGCCGAGGAGCCGAUGCCGACGACACCCGGAGCCAUGGCCCUGCCGCUGCUCGGCUCCCCCUUCUCCCCGUCCCCUGCCACACGACCUUCCUGCUCUUCCAGGAAAACCUGUUUCCCUGCUGCACGUAUGAAUUUGAGAUGCUCCAUGGAAGAGAAAGUGCCUCCCAGAAACACUGCGAUAUCCAAUCACUUGCUGUCAUGCCUCGCUGCUUCUCUUGUGCUCGUCGCUCCACCUAGUCAGGCUAUUCCUGCAGACACCUUUGCCCAGCCGAGCCUGUGCCAGGUUGCAGUGGUGGGGGCCAUCGACAAGGGUGCCGUUCCUCUGAAGUUCGACGGCCCUUCGGAUGAUGGUGGCUCUGGGAUGAUGAUGAUGAAGGGUAUGACUGCCAAGAACUUUGACCCGGCUCGCUACUCCGGUAGGUGGUUUGAGGUAGCGUCGCUGAAACGUGGGUUCGCUGGGCAGGGACAAGAAGACUGCCACUGUACUCAGGGAGUGUAUACAUUUGAUGAGAAGUCGCGCGCGAUCCAGGUGGAGACAUUCUGUGUCCAUGGUUCACCUGAUGGAUACAUCACCGGUAUCCGGGGGAGGGUGCAAUGCCUGUCUGCAGAGGACAUGGCUAGUGCCGAGACAGACCUCGAGAGGGAGGAGAUGAUCCGCAGCAAAUGCUUUCUCCGCUUUCCCACACUCCCGUUCAUACCCAAGUUGCCCUAUGAUGUCAUUGCAACUGAUUAUGACAAUUACGCUGUUGUGUCUGGAGCUAAGGAUGCAAGCUUUAUUCAGAUAUACUCAAGAACACCUAACCCUGGACCAGAGUUCAUCGAGAAAUACAAGUCCUACGCUGCUAACUUCGGCUAUGAUCCGAGCAAAAUCAAGGACACACCGCAGGAUUGCGAAGUCUCGUCGGACCAGCUUGCACAGAUGAUGUCAAUGCCCGGGAUGAACGAGGCACUGACGAAUCAGUUCCCGGACCUGAAGCUGAAGUCCUCAGUUGCGUUCGACCCAUUCACAAGCGUGACGCAGACCUUGAAGAAGCUCGUUGAACUGUACUUCAAGUAAAUCCGGGUGUUGUACACGGGUCACUGCUCACCCUCCACAUGGAGCUGCAGUUUCAUAGUAAACCCAAUAAAAUGCAGCCUGUAUUAUGUUUCA